AUGGCUGACAAGGGACUUGAGGACAUCGAUGCUGGUAAGUAAGAGCAGCGCAUUUCCGAACCGUAGCGGCGGCGAGAGUAUCAGGUCCAAGAGGUAGACGAGCAUGCAAGAGAUAGGAGGGGCAGAAGAACGAUAUUGGUGUGCGCACAAAUUUCGACGGCGACAGCAACUGACAGCGUGCAGGUCAGAUCGAGUCCAACUAUGACGAGACCACCGACAGCUUCGACGCGAUGAACCUCAAGAGCGAACUCCUCCGUGGAGUGUACGCCUACGGUUUCGAGCGUCCAUCUGCCAUCCAGCAGCGUGCCAUCAUGCCUGUCAUCAAGGGUAAGUACCUCUCCUCGAGUACUCGAGACCUCGACUGGUAGGACUCGGGCUCACACAUUCACAGGCAACGAUGUCAUCGCCCAGGCCCAGUCCGGUACCGGCAAGACCGCGACCUUCUCCAUCUCCGUUCUCCAGAAGAUCGACCCCAACAUCAAGGCCUGCCAGGCUCUCAUCCUCGCCCCAACCCGUGAGUUGGCUCAGCAGAUCCAGAAGGUCGUCGUUGCCAUCGGUGACUUCAUGAACAUCGAGUGCCACGCCUGCAUUGGUGGUACCAGCGUGCGGGACGACAUGAAGGCUCUUCAGGAUGGCCCACAGGUGGUUGUCGGCACCCCAGGCCGUGUCCACGACAUGAUCCAGCGCCGUGUCCUCCGCACCGACAGCAUGAAGAUGUUCGUCCUCGACGAGGCUGACGAGAUGCUGUCCCGUGGUUUCACUGAGCAGAUCUACGACAUCUUCCAGCUCCUUCCGCAGAGCACCCAGGUCGUCCUUCUCUCGGCCACCAUGCCCCAGGACGUCCUUGAGGUCACCACCAAGUUCAUGCGUGACCCAGUCCGCAUCCUCGUCAAGAAGGAUGAGCUGACCCUCGAGGGUAUCAAGCAGUUCUACAUCGCCGUCGAGAAGGAGGACUGGAAGCUGGACACCCUCUCCGACCUCUACGAGACCGUCACCAUCACCCAGGCCGUCAUCUUCUGCAACACCCGCAGAAAGGUUGACUGGCUCACCGACAAGCUCACUGCCCGUGACUUCACCGUCUCGGCCAUGCACGGAGACAUGGACCAGGCCCAGCGUGACGUGAUCAUGAAGGAGUUCCGCUCUGGCUCUUCCCGUGUCCUGAUCGCCACCGAUCUCCUUGCUCGUGGUAUCGAUGUGCAGCAGGUCUCCCUCGUCAUCAACUACGACUUGCCGGCCAACCGCGAGAACUACAUCCACCGUAUCGGACGUGGUGGCCGAUUCGGACGUAAGGGUGUGGCCAUCAACUUCGUCACUGCUGACGACGUGCGCAUGAUGCGUGAGAUCGAGCAAUUCUACAGCACUCAGAUUGAGGAGAUGCCGAUGAACGUGGCCGACCUCAUCUAA